CUUGCGUCCUCACUCUGUAUGAAUGUACUGCUGGUAAAGGAGCUCUGAUGCAAUCCACGUCGACCACUGUAUAUACUUGCAUCUGGGCUUUAUAAUCGGACUCCGCUCGGACUCCCCAAGAAAUUUUGUUGCAACCUCGACCUGGAGUGCAUAUUGUCGCUGUCAAGACUGUACCCAGCCUGAUGGUUCAGUGAACUCACUUCUGUCUGUCUUCUCCCACAGACGAUCAUGACAAUCGCCGCACUAUCCACCGCUACCAGUGGAUCGCUCGGCGCAGCUCCAUGGACUGGUCGCGGAGGUCAGAGUGGGUCCUGCGAACCUCCGUCCGUUGCAGGCCACAUGUUGCAGUGCGUACGACCUUCGACAUGCUCAGCUAUGACACCGGCCUCAUUGGAUCCCCCCGACGAACGCGUUUCAUGAAGUGGAUCGAAGGCAUUUCGUGAAGUGGAUAUAAUUUCUAACUGGGGUUCAGCUUUGAUCUUAUAAACAACCAGCGGUCUGUCCAUCUCACUCAUAGUUCAUCUCACUCAUAACCUCUCUUCCCCUCAUCGUAUUCAGGAGGAACCAAAACGAGGGAUGAAACCAACAGUGUCUUUCUUCCCUACACUUCCAAGUCCUGUGCCGGCUGUUGGCCGGUAUCGUCAACUCGCUCCACGUGCGGCCAUCCAUGUCUCCCCUCUUUGCCUUGGCGGGAUGUCUAUCGGUGAUAAGUGGGCUGCUGUAGGGUUCGGCGCCAUGGACAAGGAAUCUUCGUUCAAACUUCUGGACGCGUACUUCGAGGCAGGCGGAAACUUCAUCGAUACAGCGAGCAACUAUCAAGAUGGGUCCUCGGAGGCGUUUAUCGGCGAAUGGAUGCAGGAGAGAGGAAUACGCGAUCAGAUCGUCCUCGCCACCAAGUAUACCAACUCGACAAAGCGUGCUGAUCCUACCAUCAAGACCCAAGCCAACUAUGUCGGCAAUAAUCUGAAGAAUCUCCGCAUCAGCGUCGCCAACAGUCUCAAACUCCUUAACACGGACUAUAUCGAUAUUCUCUACGUCCACUACUGGGAUCUUCACUCAUCUGUGGAGGAAAUCAUGGACGGGCUCCACCAACUAGUUCUCGCAGGGAAAGUUCUCUAUCUCGGUAUCUCGGAUGCGCCGGCCUGGUUCGUGGUUAAGGCAAACGACUACGCCAAGUACACUGGAAAAACGCCCUUCGUAGUCUACCAGGCCGCUUAUUCCGUCGUCGAACGUGACAUCGAACGGGAGAUACUUCCCAUGUGUCGUCAUGAAGGUAUCGCACUCACUCUCUGGAAUGUGCUCGCCGGUGGUCACAUCCGCACCGAUGCUGACGAAGAGGCCCGUAGUAUCUCCGGCGAGAAAGGACGGAGCUUGUUGGGAGAUUGGCAGCGGAACGAAUCGGAGAAGAAGAUGUGCGCUGCUCUCGAGAAGGUCGCAGAGCAGGUAGGGGCGAAGCAUAUCACCGCUGUUGCUAUUGCGUACACUAUGCACAAAGCGCCCUUCGUCUUCCCGAUCAUCGGAGGCCGGAAGGUCGAGCACCUACAAGCUAAUAGUGAAGCGUUGAGCAUCAGCCUCAGUCCCGAACAGGUCAAGUUCAUCGAUGAUGUGUUGCCUUUUGAUGUUGGCUUCCCUGCAAAACUCAUAGGGCAGUACGGGACGUAUCCAUGGUUGCUCACUGCGUUCGCACACUUUGAUAUUCAGCCUCUGCAGGCGUCUAUUCCGCAUGGGCAGCAGUAGGGUAUAAAUAUCACGAUGUGCUCGUAUUUUGCCAUUGUUUAUAGCACUCUCUCCAGAUUUCGAUAUACCGAAAUGUCUAUCUUCCGAAGGUGUGAAUGUGCC